UCAAGGCUGAAGGAUCCACGCGGUGUCCAGAACCAGCGCUGAGGUCGUCACAACACGAACCUGUCGUAUUGCGCUUCGCCUGCACGUCGUGAGACGAUGGUACGGCGGUCCGCAGCGCUUGCCUCAAGUAGCUGUUCCUCCGGUUGGAGCAUCUGUGUGGAUCGGCCGGCCGCUAACUGAACACACACGCACACACACACACACACACCCGAACAUUCGAGCUCGUUUCACUGUGAUCGCGGGUCAGUCCUUUACGGCACAAUGGCCCAUUCUCUCCUGAUUUCCGUUGUUUGGCUGUUGUCUUCAGUUGGAGGAGGGGCCGCGUUGCAUGUGGUGUCCAUGACCCAGGACAUGUCCAACAAGAACGACCUUAUGAACUCGGCAAGCCUGGGCAGUGGCAAGCUCAAGCAGGAGUUCAACGUCACGAACCGCGAUAUGGAGACAGUCGCGUGGUCCCAGGACACGUCUUGGGUCGUCGAUUGGGAAACAGCUCAUUCAACUCAAGUUGGGACAAACACUAUGGAUGGUAAUACAAACACAAUGUGGAAUGCUGGGGGGGUACCUCGGUACCAUAACGCAUGGUGGAUCGAGUUUAAUCUUGGCUCGGAGUACACUCUGCAAGGUAUUCGAAUCCAAAAUUGGGGCGAUACGACACAUGAUGUUACAAUGGCUGUGCUUUACACGUCAACGGCACAAGGCGGAACAUUCAACUCUGUUGUUGCUUCGCUAGGAUCAGUGACCGCGGGAAUUAGUACCGUGCAGGACUUUGACGUCGAUUACGACACCCCAGUGCAGCAUCUUCGACUGGUGAUCACGCAAACCGCAACUGGUUAUCAACCAUAUAUUCGGGAGAUCGCGUUCCAACUUGAGGACAGUCAAACGCCCAGCCCGACGCCCAGUCCAACGCCCAGUCCCACGCCCAGUCCGACGUCCAGCCCGACGCCCAGCCCGACGCCGAGCCCGACGCCGAGUCCGACGUCCAGCCCGACGCCCAGCCCGACGCCGAGUCCGACGCCGAGUCCGACGCUCAGCCCGACGCCCAGUGUCUCGGGCACGGCGACUGCCACUGGAGAUCCCCACCUUCAAAAUAUGUAUGGCGAGCGGUAUGACUUGAUGAAAGUGGGCCAGCAUGUGUUGAUACAUAUCCCUCGCGGGCAGGGCCCUGAACACACAUUACUUCGUGUGGUGGCCGACGCGCUUCGAAUGGGCGGGAGUUGCGCAGAUAUCUACUUCCAAGAGAUAAACAUCACAGGGUCUUGGGCACUGGCAACCAGGAGAGGAGGGUACCACUACGUUUCGAGCAGUGACGCUGACGAGGCUCCACAGUGGCUUACCUUGGGUAAGGUCAUGCUGAAAGUCGUGUAUGGCCGCACUCAAAGUGGCACUAGCUACUUGAACCUCUUCGUCAAGCAUCUGGGGCGAGCAGGGUGUUCUGUUGGAGGCCUCCUCGGGGAGGACGACCAUAGCGACGAAGCCACGCCUCCGGCCGAAUGUCAGCAUCGUAUUGGUCUUCAUUCCGAGGCCCUGGAUGUGUCUAGCCAUAGUUCUUCCACAGUCUCGGUAGGAGUCGCAACGCUGGCUUGAUUUUGCCCUAGGCGCCGCCCUGGGAUCUCAGGAGUCCUCCUCGCCCUGGCUGCAGGGAACCGUACUGCUAGCUACGUUACUGCGGCGACAUUCUCCACAACGCUGACCGCCCUGUCUGUCUUAGCUCUGCCCACACAGACUUCGCGACUGUUAGUCGCGCUCACCUCCCUUGCCCCCCGCACUCUCAGCUUCACGUCUGCUGCGACUGUCAGUCGCUUGGGGUCCGCGCGUUGGCGUCCCGCUGCUCUGGGUGCUGGGUGUUGUCAUCAGCGUGCUGCUGUUGCGUUGUUUUUUUUUACAGUGGCGGCCUCCUUGCCGCAGGAGGUCGCAGUAGGAUUAGUGGGAUGGACACCAUCAGCUACCAGUGGAUUGCCAGCCUCCCCACUGAAUGGAAGGGGGCUCCACCAUGCAGAGCGCCAGGCGGGCAGGGAAGAAGGAG